CUCGCCUGGCAAUUCCCUCCUAAAGGCCUUCAGGAUGAUGAACCAGGGCCACAAUCCACAAAUGAUGACUGCUCAGAUGUCACAGCAACAGGCCAUGAUGCAACAGAAUCAACAAGCAGGAAUGGGUCCACAGCAGGGCAUGCAGCAAAGCCAACAAGCUCAAGAACAGCAUCAGCAGCAGCAACAGACACAACAGCAACAACAGCAGCAGCAACAACAACAGGCGAAUCAGCAACAGGAGCAGAAGGACAGCAUAAGUCGCAUCAAGCAUCACUACUGGCAGAUGAAGGAUGCGCUAAUGGAAACCCUUGGCUGUGCUUCAACAAAUAUUGCAAACAACACCCAAGUUGAUCAGGGAUUAAGAAAUGCUGGAGAAGUCCCGCACACCAAGUUUGAAGAGAGCAUUGAGAAGUUCUAUACGCUAUGCGACCAGAUAGAGAUAAAUUUGCAAACUGCCAUUGAUUGCCAGCUCCAGGGUGCCGCUUCCCAGAAAUACACACCAAGUCCAAUAUCAACACCUCCAGUGGAUGUUCAGAAAUAUGCCCAUUAUCUCUCAACUGUCCGAAAUCAAGUUGUAUAUGCAAAGGACAUCCAUACUGCUCUUGUUGAUGCUGCCACAAGCAUGUCCAAUAUGAACACCACCACAAUGACUACUAUGGAUAGUAGUAAUUGAUACACCUGUUAGGUCUUUAGUAAUAAAUUAUGAUCAGAAUAAA